UGGAGCUGGGAGGAGACGGGGAUUCCUGCAGCUCAAGCUGCCGUUUCUGAGUCAACAACACCGAGUGACUGAGUUCGGGAGAGGCUCGGCACGCCCCGGAUCAGGUGGAGCAUAUAGCGGACCCGCCGGCCCGUCUCCUCGCGGAGGUUCGGCUGAGAGGAGCGCGCGCCCUGGUCAAACCUUCAGAGCGAUGAGAGGACAAAGAGGCAUUAUGAUAGCGUGAGCCGUAAAGGUUGCUGCUGUAAUCGAACAUGGAGGUGAAGAAGGAUGAAAGAGGAGCCCCAUCUGCUUCACCCAGCAAUGGCUCCAACAAGAGCAUCUUCAUCGCCUGCAUUAUCUUCUUCCUACUCGUAGGUAUCGGUGUGGGCUUUGUUAUAGCGUACCUGCUGCAGGAGCCGCAGCAUUUCAUUGAGACGGUUGAACUCAAGGGUUUGGAGUACACUCCUGAUCUGGAGGACGAGAACUCGGCUUUCACCAUCAUACUCUCCUCAUCUCUAAAAUCAAAGAUUAAAAAUAUCUUCAUUGCCUCAUCGGUAUCAAAUAACUAUAAGGAAUGCAGCAUUAUCGCUUAUGGCAACACCAACGGUGACGUGAUCGCGACAGUCAGACUCAUCUUCAUGGUGUCCAGAAUCCAGCAGUUUUCAUACAACUUUGUCCGGGACCUGCUGAGGGCAGGCUUCAGCUCCGUCAUGCAGGGGAAACCUCUGGAGGUGCCGGGCUUCGGGGCCAUCAGCGCCGUCUUUUUAUUGGGAGCCAGAGGAAAGUCGUUUUAUGCAGUCGGAGACGCAAAAAUGGCCAGUUGUCCAGCCACGGCUUUCACCUGUGACGAUGGAGAGUGUGUCACCAAAAUAAACCCAGAGUGUGACUUCAUCCCAGACUGUGCAGAUGAAUCCGAUGAAGCUCACUGUGCGUGCGGUUCCCGGCCGGCUGUGGAGAGUCGGAUUGUGGGCGGGGUUGAUGCUCACCUGGGGGAGAUUCCUUGGCAGGUCAGUCUGAGGUUCCACGGUCUUCACACCUGUGGAGCCUCCAUCCUCAGCGACCGCUGGCUGGUCAGUGCUGCACACUGCUUUGAGAGAGAAAAUGACCCCAAAGACUGGACAGCUCUGGUUGGAGCCAGCCAGAGAAAAGGGGACGAGGUCGGGUCUAAAAUAGUAAACAUCAAGUCAAUAGUUGUGGAUCCAGCGUAUGAUCCAGAGACCUCCAACAACGACGUGUCCGUGCUGGAGCUGGAGAGCCCCCUGAGCUUCAGCCCCCACAUCCAACCGAUCUGCAUUCCUGCUGCGUCGCACGUCUUUCCACCCAGCCAGAACUGCGUUGUGUCCGGCUGGGGCGCCUUAAACGAGUUCAGCUUCUCGUUGCCUUCAACACUGCAGAAAGCUGUGGUAAAAAUCAUUGACACCAAGGAGUGCAACAAAUCCUCUGCAUACAACGGGGCUGUGAGUGACCUCAUGAUGUGUGCUGGAUUCCUACAAGGCAAAGUGGACUCUUGUCAGGGUGACUCUGGGGGGCCUUUGGUGUGUGAGGGGGCCCCAGGGAAGUUCUUCCUGGCUGGCGUGGUGAGCUGGGGUGUGGGCUGUGCCCAGAUCAACCGACCUGGGGUAUACUCCCGCAUUACCAAACUGCGGAACUGGAUUUUGAGGCACACGGAUCCCAGCAUGGUGCACGAUUACAUGCAGCCUCUUCCCACCGUCCCCGCUCUGACGCAAGCCACCUCCGCUAACCUGUCGGUGUCCUGGGAAGUGUCUUCUGAACAGACACCUGCAAUAAACUGCAGUGAAAGCUUCCAGUGCAGCUCUGCGUUGUGUAUUACCAAAGUGAACCCUGAGUGUGACGGAGUCCCUGACUGCUCCAAUGGGGCGGAUGAAAGAAACUGUGACUGCGGCCUGCGUCCAGCGCUGGGUCCUCAGAAGAUCGUCGGUGGAGUUACAGCUCGGAAAGGAGAGUGGCCUUGGAUUGGCAUCCUGCAGCACCAAAGACUUUACCGCUGUGGGGCCACGCUCAUUCACAAUAAGUGGUUACUGACUGCAGCACAUUGUUUUAAAAGUGACCCCAGUCCCACAGAUUGGGCUGUAAGCCUUGGCUCGGUUCUGCGAUCUGGAGCGGGGGCCCUGGUCAUCCCCAUCCAAAGGGUUAUCAUUCAUCCAGAGUUCAACGGCACUCGCAUGGAUCAUGAUGUUGCUUUGCUGGAGCUGGCAGUCCCCGCCCCCAUGUCCUACACCAUCCAGACUGCGUGUCUUCCGUCUCCCGUGCACAGCUUCCUGCAGAACGCAGAGUGCUACAUCGCAGGCUGGGGGUCCAUGAAGGAAGGAGGUUCGCUUGCCAACUUGCUGCAGAAAGCUGAAGUGAAGAUCAUUGAGCAGGCAGACUGCCAGCUCUCCUAUGGAGAUGCGCUGACUCAGAACAUGAUGUGUGCUGGCCUCAUGGAGGGAGGCAGAGACACCUGUUUGGGUGAUUCUGGGGGGCCCCUGACUUGCCGUGACCUCUCUGGCCGGUGGUUUAUUGCCGGAGUGACGAGCUGGGGUCACGGGUGCGGACGAGUUGGCUUUCCAGGGGUUUACACUCGUGUGACAUCGGUCAGGAAGUGGAUAUCAAAAUACCUGCCCUUCUAAAAGAAGGGGGGCAACACACUCCUCCUGAGAGCUCAGAGAUUUCUACUGAUGAAUUUUCCUCACAAACUGUACUGUACAAGGACCAAAGUCAUGGCAGAGGCCAGGCACAAGCAUUUUCAGUUUAAACUGCUGAAUUUGCGCAGCCAACUGGUUAUGGGUGCUGUUUUUACUACUGUGCAUUUGUCUGAACUUUGUUAUAGUCAAAAGGUUACAAAACUUUAGCCACCACAUUGCACGACUAAAAGUAUUUAUUACAUUUAUUUAUUGUCCUUUCCAAAAAAUGUCAUGCAUUUUUAUUAUUCUGUGUGGAUUUCUUAGUAAUCUCCAGUCAGCCACAGACUUGAGAGCAUAUACAGGUGAACAGAAAAACUUGUUGGGGUAUCUGACAUCAGUGCAUUUAGACACGUGAUUUCCUGCAAUCAAAACAUUACAUUAUGACUCACAGAAUAUGAACUAUUUAAAAAAAAAAAAAACUCUCAGAAUUCACCCCCAAUUUUUUUUUUUUUUGGCGGGGGCAAAAGUGUACUUUGUUUUUUUCUUGGUGCAUUUUUCUGGUUAAAUAUUUAUUUUCUUUCACUUGAGAUGGAUAAGUGCAGCUUAUGUUAUUUCAUCUGUAACGUUUAUGCUUUUAUUGACGAUAAACAUAAAAGAAAUGUUUUUAUUUUUUUCUGCUGUUGAAAGUAAUUCCUCUUAGUCUGCUUGCUAAAAAGGAAAAAGAGGACCGAGUUUGUCCUGCAAACUGCAGCUGGGUCUCGAGCGAAGCUGUGGAACAAGCCCCCCACUGUGGAGGCCGGGAUAUAGAGUGACACCUAGAAAACGUGUCAAACAGAACGGUUUUGUUCUCCAGCUGUAUUUUGAUAUCAGGCUGUUUGCAGGCUUGUGAAUGUCAAAAAACUGAGAUUCACCUUCAGUCUUCCUGAUGACUGAAAAUGCUGUUUUUUUUUCUGUGAUCAAAUCUGUUUUUAUUAAACUGAAAUCCAUGA